AAUCAAUCACAUUUAUGCUUCUUUAUAAAGCUGUAUUUAAAUCUUUUGAAUCUAGCUUUAAGUCGAAGAUGAAUAUGAAAGACUUUCACUUCUAAGUGAGGGUAUCAAAGAAAUUACAUCUUAAAUGCCUAAGAUAGAAACUAUUGAAAGCACAGCUCUUAUUAAGUUUUGUAAAUAUAUUUAACUAUUUAUAAGUAAUCUGUUGUUAUCCAUUUUAAUAAGAUAAUAUAAAUAUGUUGGUUUAAGCAUUUUUUGAAUAUUAUAAGAAUGAAAACUUUUUUUGGGCAUAUACAUAAGCAAUAUCACAAAUUGGAGAAUUUUAAGAGAGCAAACCAGCAACCUAUAAAAAAUAAUCUAUAUAUGAUAUUUAUUAAAGAAAAUAGUAAAAUUUUAUUAUAUUUUUAGAAAGGAAGGUAAAACUGGUUUAAAUCACUUUUAUCAUUUUUCAAAUACUGCAUAAUAAAUGAUGACUAAAGUUAAAUUGUAUAUCUGUUCGUGUCUACCUAACUAUUUUACUUUAGCCAUUGAUUUAGGAAUAGACAUAUCAAGAAUAUAUGACAUAUUUAGAAUUUAUUUACAUAAUACAAAUAAUAAGGAAUUAAUAUUUGAAUUGAUAGAAAAAUUUGAGAGUUUGAAAAAAACUUUAUUUUAUAAUAUGCAUUGGAUUGAAUCAUUUUAAGCUGAAAUAGAUAUUUAUAAACAAACAUUAAUUCCAUAAAAAUUAAGUCUCAAACUCAAAUAAAAUUAAUAAAAUUUGUCGUUACUCUAUGAAUAAUAUAAAUUUUCAAUGGAAAAUUCUUCGUCAUAAAAUUAAUAUUCAGAAGAAAGCAGUCCUUCUAUUGAUUAAAAAGCUAUUAAUAAAUAAAAAAUUGAUCAAUAUUAAGCAGCAUUAUGUAAAUAAAAUUUAUUAAAUUUAAUUGAUGAAUCAAUUGAUUUGUAUUUAUUUCUCAAGCUUAUUAUUAAGCCAUAAAAAUAUGAUUUAAUUGAUGAUUGGAAUGAUAAGUACAGUGAAACUACUAUAAAUAAAGAUUUUUAAGGUUUUAAAACAAAUUGUACAGAAUUAGAUGAUUUAUUAAUAAUUAGAUCUUUCAAAGCUUUAAAUUCUGUUUUAAAGUGCACCAAAAUUGAAAUCUUAAAAAUAAAAAUACAAAACAUUAUCCCAAAAUUAUGUAUUAUAAAUUAUUUUUACUAGUUCAAUUAAUAUAUAAAGUCCUUCGAGAUCCUGAAUAAAAUGUAAAUUUGUAUCAUCUUGGUUCAUUAAUAAAUAAAAUAUUAGAAAUGUGUCCUAAACAUGCAACCUACUAAAUAAUUAAAUUAAAUUUAUUAUUCUCAUUUUCUUAAUUUUUUUAUAACAGCAUUAUUAUCAAUUUAAUUUUGGAAAUUUUAGAUUUAGACACAGAUAGAUAUAAACUUGGUUACUUUGUUUAAGAAUAAGUAUGGACAUAUAUUAAUGAUACAGAUUGGUUUUAGUAUUUAUUUGCUUCUCUAUUUAAAUAAAAUAUUGAAACACAUAAAAAAGAUGAAAGUUAUUAAAGUGAAAAAAAAGUAAAAUAUUUUAAAAUUAAUUAGACAAAAGUUUUGAGUAUGUUGUAAUCUUUAAAUAGAAAUUAAAGAGGUUCUACAAAAUAAGAAAUUACUGUAAAUAAAUCAUAUUUUUUUUAAACUUUCAGUACAAAUGAAAAAUUUGAAGAUUUUCAACCUUAUGAUUUUUUAAAUGACAAAGAUGUUGAUAAUUUAAAAUACUUUCAUUAAGAUAAAUAAAAUUUUGACUAUCAAUAAUUAAUAAAAUAGAUUGAGUAACAAAAGUUGAUUUAAGAAUAAAAAGCAUGUAAAGUAAAUAUUGAAUAAUAAGAAAUACCUUCCCCUCAAAGAACUAAAUUUGUGAGAUAAACAAUAGAAAUCCCUCUCAAAAAAAAAUAAGUUUCAUUACCAAAAUUGAAUAAUAUUGCUUUAAAAUCUCCUCUUAAAAAUGUGAAUUCUCCUUUAUCAAAAGAGAGUUCCAAGAAUUUAUCAAUAGAUAAAGAUGUGUAAUUAAGUUAAAAAUCCAAGUAAUCUUCUUCAAGUAUAAGACGAUCAGAUAAUUAAGAUGAUUCUUUUUCAUCAAAUAAAAUAUUAAAAACAUAUUAAUCAACUAGCAAAACAAAUGCAAGCUUGUUUAAAUAGAAUUAGUAAAGUAAUUAAAUUAAGGAUGUUGAAUUAAUGGAAUCUCUUUAAUUUAUAUAUUAUUUAUUGAAUUCUUUGUAGUUAUGUUAAACUAAAUUUUUGAAUCCCAGGAACUGUAAUUAUAUUGAAAAAACAAGUAAAAUAUUGACAGCAGAGAAUUUAGCGCACAUUUUUUAAAAUUUCGUAAAUAAGAUAUUUAAGGAUGAUAUCGGAUUAAUUUGUGGUUAAAUUUUGAAUAGCAUAUAUAAAUUUGUUUUGAGUAAUCAUUUAGAUAUGUAUUACGAAAUACUGAAUGAAUAAUUUUAUAAUUUUAUUUAGGAAAUUGGAGGUUUAUUUUAAUUUAUGGAGAGAUAUUAGAAUUGUGGAUUUAAGAGACAUAUAAUUACAUCAAUUUUUUUUAAUGGAUAUAUUUUAAAUAAUUAUUAAUGUUAAAAUUACUUAGAAUUAAAUAUUUAUAAAUAUUUGAGUAAUAAAAUAUUUGGUUAGCUUUAACAAUAUUUAAUUUGCAGUCCUGAAAACAGUAAUUAUCAACUACAAUUUAUAAAGUAAAAGUUUAGAUAAUGAUUAGUUUUUUAAAUUGUAUCUUUUCUAUGGCCCCAGCUUAUUUGAUUCAAUAAAUUUUAUUUAAUUAUGGUUUGCUUUAAGUUUUAUUUGAAUCAUAAAGAGUGAUUAUAUUAAAUGAUGUAAAAAAUGUUUAGAGUUCUCUACAUUAUUUUGCUAUACAAAUAAUAUAUUUAAUUAGAGAUGUAUUAUAGAAAAGAUAACUACAAGUUAUUUUAGAUAAUCUUUAACCUUUAGAUUUAUGGUACAAACUUUGUAAAGCAAGUGAGAGUUUAUAGAUGGUGAAAUUGGAACAGAUAAAAGUAGUUGAUCCAAAAGAAUAGAUAUUAUUUUCAAGGAUGAAGAUGAGAUAAUAGUUACUUAAAAAAUAGUAAACAGUAUAAAGAAAUGAGACAAUGGAGACAUAAUAAGCAGAAUUAUGUUUAACUCCUGAUUUAACACAUAGAACAUUAAAAAAUUAUAGAUUACGUAAACAAUUUGAUUUAUGA